GGGAGGGGUUAACUGUGAGGCCGGGCGGAGUUAAGACACAGCUGCCGGGGCUGUGAACCCUUUCAGCAGCACUUUACUGAGUAACAGGCCUCGCUUCUCUCCUCCGGUUCCUUACUUCGACCCCAAAACACGAAUACGAUGUUUGAAUUUAUAUUUAUUUCGAAAGAAAGCUCCUGAGAGAAACAACCGAGCUGCUCAGCGAAGUUCCGGACCCUCGCGAAUGCGCGUGGACCAGGACAGUAGGCAGUCAUGGUGCAGGAAUACCAAUCCCCUGUUAGGGUCUACAAACACCCAUUCGAGCUCAUCAUGGCGGCGUACGUCCGGCGCUUCCCCAAGUGCCCGCUGAUCCCGGUGUUCCUGGACAGCGAGGUGAUGAGUGAGACCCACAGCCCGGAUGGGGCGGUGACGGUGACGGAGAGGCGCUGCAUGGUGGACGUGGAGGCCCCCCGGCUCCUCAAGCGGAUGGCGGGCGUGGACUACCUGUACUUCAUCCAGAGGAACACUCUGAACCGCCGGGAGAGGACUCUGCACAUCGAGGUCCACAACGAGACCUUCUCCAGCCGCGUGUUCGUCAGGGAGCUCUGCAACUACACGGUCCACCCAGAGAACGAGGAGUGGACAUGCUUCGAGCAGACGGCCAGUCUGGACAUCAAGUCGUUCUUCGGCUUCGAGAACUCUUCAGAGAAGAUCGCAAUGAAGCAGUACGCCAGCAGCAUCAAGAAGGGUAAGGAGAUCAUCGAGUACUACCUCAGGGAGCUGGAGCAGGAGGGGGUCACCCACGUGCCUCGCUGGACCCCAUCGCUCGCCCCCAAAGCAGCCCCCCUCGGGCGCCUGACUGCGCCCCCGCUCAGCUCCAUCACCGCCAACACCACCUCCUCCUCCUCCGCCGCCACCGCCAACAGCACCGCCCCCUGGCCCAUCUCUGUCCCCGGACCCAAGACCGGGGCGUCCUCCAGCCCCCCCGAACUACCCCCCUCCGCACCAGAAGACAAACUGGACGCCGACUACAUCCGGCGUUACCUUGGCGACCUCACUCCCCUGCAGGAGAGCUGUCUGAUUCGUCUGCGCCAGGGGCUGCAGGAAACCCACAAAGGAAAAAUCCCCAAGGACCAGCACGUGCUGCGGUUCCUGCGCUCCCGGGACUUCGGCCUGGAGAAGGCCCGCGAGAUGCUGUGCCAGUCGCUGACCUGGAGGAAGCAGCACCAGGUGGACUUCCUGCUGGACUCCUGGGAGCGCCCCGGCCUGCUGGCGGAUUACUACACCGGGGGCUGGCACCACCACGACAGAGACGGCCGCCCUCUGUACAUCCUGCGCCUGGGUCAGAUGGACACCAAGGGCCUGGUGCGGGCGCUGGGGGAGGAGGGCCUGCUGAGACAGGUCCUGUCCAUCAACGAGGAGGGUCUGCGCCGCUGUGAGGAGAACACCAGGGUGUUCGGUCGACCCAUCAGCUGCUGGACGUGCCUGGUGGACCUGGAGGGGCUGAACAUGCGCCACCUGUGGCGGCCGGGGGUGAAGGCCCUGCUGAGGAUCAUCGAGGUGGUGGAGGCCAACUACCCCGAGACCCUGGGCCGCCUGCUCAUCCUGAGGGCCCCCCGGGUGUUCCCCGUGCUCUGGACCCUGGUGAGUCCCUUCAUCGACGAGAACACCCGUAAGAAGUUCCUGGUGUACGCGGGGAACGACUACCAGGGCCCGGGAGGGCUUCUGGACUACAUCGACAAGACCAUCCUGCCUGACUUCCUGGGCGGCUCCUGCAUGUGCGAGCUGCCAGAAGGAGGCGUGGUCCCCAAGAGCCUAUACCGCACGGCGGAGCAGCUGGAGAGCGAGGAGAACCGGCUGUGGGCCGACGCCAUCUACAAGAGCGCCAGCGUCUUCAAGGGAGCCCCCUACGAGCUGCUCAUCGACAUCGCUGAGGUGUCCUCGGUCAUCACCUGGGACUUUGACGUGUGUAAGGGCGACGUGGUGUUCAACAUCUUCCACUCCAAGCGGGCGCCCAGCCCCCCUAGGAAGGAGGCGCCAGGCGCCACCCCCUUGGUGGGCGGGGCCAACCUGCCGCUGAUUGACAGGAACUGGACGCUGGGCCAGGACUACAGCAAGGUGGAGACGGCGCUGGCCUGCCGUGAGGGCGAGAGCGUCCAGGGCUCCCACAUCACCCGCUGGCCCGGCUUCUAUAUCCUGCAGUGGCGGUUCCAGGGCGCUCCGGCCUGCACGGCCUCCAGCCUGCCCAGGGUGGACGACGUGCUGGCCUCGCUGCAGGUCUCCUCCCACAAGUGCAAGGUCAUCUACUACACGGAGGUGCUGGCCUCGCAGGACUUCAGGGGGUCCAUGACCAGUCUGGAGUCCAGCCACAGUGGCUUCUCCCAGCUCAGCGCGGCCACCACCGCCUCCAGCCAAUCACACACCAGCUCAGGCAUAUCCAGGUAGCAUCUGACCAAUGGGAAGAGAGCACCGUGAGGACGUGGACUCCUAUUGGCUUGUACUGUGGACUUAACGAACACUUUUAGAAUAACAAAAUACUUAACACUUGACUAUGGUUUCACGAAUUAUGAUAUUCAGCAUUUAGUUUUAUUGUUAAUAUAAAUAAUAUGAAUAUAUAUAUAUAUUUAUAUCCGAGUAGCAUAUUGUUGACUUGAGGGUUCCUGUAUUAUCACAAUCCUUUAAUAAACUUCUUCUUUGGCAAGCAAUGGUUGACUUUAAUUUGUUUAAAGGACAAUUCAGGUGUUUUGAACAUUGAGCCCCCUUUCUGGUUUGUCUAGGAUGAAAUAGAGUUGUUAACACCGACAUUUUUAAUAUUGGUCCUGUCUCGAGUAUUUGGCUAAUUUCGAUUCGCCCCUGCCUGCUUCACAAUGGCUGGCUAUGGGCAUUCACAAACCUAUCCUUAAAACACCCCUAAACGUUAGUUUUUAGAAAUGCGAAACUCAUCGAGUGUUUAGUGGUGUUCGUUGAUGUUCCUCAUCAAGUAUUGUAGCGAAAUACAGUUUCUGUCGUGUUUUAUUUGGCAUUUUGUAAAUCUGCCUUUUGUAAAUGAAACGGAAAGGGGGGUGGUUGUAGUCUUUUCACUCGGUUCCCCCAAGCCCCAACCACAGCGAGUUCUACCAGCAGUGUUGUGCCUGAACGCGUUCAUUGAACGUUAGUUCAUGAACUCGUUCAUAUUUUGGGAGAACGUGAACUGAACUUACUGUAUUACUGCCUGAUGAACGUUACUGGUGUCUGAACGGAACGCUCACUCGGUUUAACUUCGUUCAAUAGUGGGGUUAUUUGUUUAUCAACACGGCGGAUGCGUGCGCAGAAUGAGAAUUUUUUGACCCGUUGCCAUGGUUAUCUCCGUCUGGCUAAUUUGCAGUUGCGGUGUUGUCAGCCUACUGUUACAUUAAACUGUAAUCAGAAAAUGUGGUUAUAUGCUACAGACCCU